GUAAAACAUUCUGCUAGAUAUCCAGGAAUUCAAAACGGCAAACUAUAUAAAAGUGAGUGUCUAAGAAAUCUGGUUAACAGUCGAUGGAAUAAUUCUGAGAUGGAAUGGAUUAAAUUGUGUUUGCUUGUUGGCAGCAUUUUUGCUUCUUGCGAAGGUGCUAAUGAUUAUUAUUUCGUGAUUGCUCCGAACGUGAUAAGGUUUCAUAAUCCAGAGACAGUACUAGUCAAUAUAUUUGGCAACAGUCAAAAUGUACAGGUAUCGGUUUGGCUUGAGUACAGGGGAGAACCUUUUUCUAAGUCAACUGUCACCGUUCCAGAUCAGGCAUCCCCAGUUUACACAACAGUAAACGUGACAGAGUCGGAUAUUUUCAACACUGUCAUAAAAGACAAACCAAGAAUAAUCAAUCUAUGCUCACAACGCGGAAACGAGAACAAAAUAUGCAAUGCCGUAGUACUCAGCUACAAGACGGGGUAUCUGAUCGUACAGACGGAUAAACCUAUAUAUACUCCACGACAGAAAGUGAGGAUUAGAGUUUUAGCCCUUGAUGAGUCAUUGAAGAGAGUGUCGGGUGAUCAAUGGCAAAUACAUCUGGACAUCGUCAGCCCCUCAAACCUGACACUUGGGAGAAGAGUUUUUACGAGCACACAUAUCAAGCGGAUUUUACCAAAAUGCAUUUUCCUUACCGCCUUACCCGGAAAUUGGAACAUGGACAGCUCGUGCCUUCUAUGGCGGCCAUUCUUGCCAACAUUCGGUGUCACAGUUGACGUGUCACAGUCAUACAUUUUGAUGAAACAUCCAGAUGACUCAAAGAUUGUCUUCAAAGUCAAGGCAGAGUAUGUACACAUUUAUACUCUUGAACGGGGUGAAACUGAAUUCAGUGUAAACAUUGUUGGGUCUGAGGAGCUUAAGAAGUUACCCUAUCCGGAUGGAGGUCGACUUGUAGCUAUUGCUACAGUGUUUGAAAGUGCGACAGGGAAAGAGGAAAACAUGUAUAUAGAUGAAACAGUGUUCGCUAGAGAACCAUUCAUUUUCAAAUUUACUAGAUCUAAGCGAUUUUUUAGACCAGGAAUGGGAUACUAUUUAAAGGUUGAUGUUAACAUGCCAAACGGUGUCCCUGCUAAAGGUCAGAAAAUAAAAGUGAGGCAAAUAAAUGACAAUGGUAGGACUGUUGACACGGUGAAAGCAGUGACAGAUAGCGACGGACAAGCACUUGCUAUUUUUGAGAAUACAGCGCAGAAUAACCGUCUUAGAUUCAAGGUCAUCGGAUCACGCGAUGCACAAAGACAAGAAAGCGAUGUAUUUGAAGUUAUAGGGUAUGAUGAUAAAAACCAAAUUCUAGUGGAGCGCAUUAUCACCGACGACAACAUUAUGUUAAUGAAUGCCUUCUCAAAUGUACAGCUCGGAAGUACCGUGUCGAAUUACACUGGAAUGUUGUUUGUGGUUGUAACAAGAGGAAAAGUUGUCCACGCGGUUUUCAAGCAAGCUAGCAACAAAGCAGUCGAACAAAUUGAUGAUAUUUUGCAAGAAUUAAUCAAUCCCACAGCAAGGCUGUUAGUGUUUUACGUAGACGAAAACUCGAACAAGGUUGUCGCAGACUCUAUUAAAAUUGACGUUGAUGCAAAAUGUAGAGGAACGGGGUUAUCUUUAAAAGUUGAAAGUGUUGCGCCGAUACCUGGAACAAGAGAUAAGAUUACUAUAACUGGAACACCUUUUUCUUGGGUUGGCCUCAAUGCCAUGGAUAAGGCCUUGUUGCUUCUAAAUGAUAAAAACAUUUUGGUGAAAAAUAAGAUGUUUGAUGUUUUAAGGUCACAUGACCUUGGAUGCGGUGAAGGUAGUGGUAAAAAUAAUGGAGAUGUUUUUAAGAACGCAGGGUUUUCUAUUUUGACCAACGCCGAUGUUGAUCGUGAUAUGUACCGUGUACAAGAAGGAUGUAAUUCAAACGCUCGUAAAAGACGUUCUGCUGAUGAUUGCAAUGGUGCUGAUGAGCGAUGUUGUGUAUAUGGUAAAUGGUAUGCUGAGACAGUUAUUAACGAAACUGCAAAAGAAGAAAGGGCAAAAUUAGAUCCAUACACUUUGUGCUAUUCUGCUGCAAAGAAAGCAUUUAAAACUAAACACUAUGAAAUCAGAUGCAUCCAGUCCAUCUUGCACUCAUGUAUAGAUAAGAUGGAGUCAUUAAUUUCCGAUGUUACUCAACUUUCGUCCAGGUCAUUAGAAGAUGUCAGUCAUUAUAAAAGAGAUUUGAAUUUCCUAAACAACGAGAAUGUCAAACCUCAUCAACGAACUGAUUUCAGGGAGUCCUUCAUGUUUGAAGAAGUGCAGUUAGAUAUAAAUGGAGAAAAACGUAAAGAAUAUAGUUAUCCGGAUUCAAUAACAGAAUGGAUGAUACAAGCUAUUGGAAUAACUGAAAACGUUGGGAUGUGUAUUGCUGAGCCAGUAAAUGUGAGAGUCUUUAGGAAGUUCUUCAUCCAACUAGACCUUCCAUACAAAGCAACAAGAUUUGAAUUAUUUGACGUUAAGGCUACAGUGUUUUAUUACGGACAGGAAAAUGAUCCACCUAAAUCAGCAAACAUGUACUUAAUAGCAACGAAUGGUUUAUGUCAUGGUACAGCACCGGAUAAGCCCUCGCCAAGAAAAGUAAUCGAAGUAGGUCCAAACAGUGCCACAACUGUCCGAUUUCCUUUGAUACCAUUGAAAGCGGGAAAAUUUCAGGUGGAAGUUGUAGCCAUCGUCCACGAGGAGGGAAUGCCAAUGGUUGACAGAAUCAAAAAAUUACUCUUUGUUGUGAACGAGGGUAUUCAGGAAAUUAUAACAAUUCAAGCUUGUCUAGAUCCAAACAAGCAACGUGAAGACUGUGAAGAUAGCGACAGAGUUAAGACAAGAUUUGAAUAUUCCGACACUGGACAUGCACAGCAAGUAUCUAUAGUCGACCUUUCAUUACCAAAUAUAGCAAUCCAAGGCACCGGAUCGGCUACAGCAUAUUUACAAGCAAAUAUCAUGGAUAACGUAGUGCAAACUAUACUUAGCGGCGUUGAUAGCUUAUUCGAAUGUCCACAUGGUUGUGGAGAGCAGACGAUUGCCACAACCGCCCCAAAUGUGUACGCCAUGAUGUAUCUGAAGCAAACCAAUCAGGUCACUGCAGAUCAUGAGGUCACCGGCAAUACUCAUAUUCGAGAUGGUGUAAAUAGAGAGAAGAGCAUGUUCCGACAUUCAGAUGGCUCCUACUCCUGUUGUAAUAAUGACAAACAUACUGGCAUUUACAGAGCAACAAGUGUUUGGUUGACAGCGUUUGUAGCCAAAGUAUUCUGUCAUGCUAACACUGUUGUCGAUGAUCUUCUAGAAGAGAAAAAUGAUCUUCAUCCAACCAUAACCUUUUUGAAAAAUCACAUGAACGCGAAAGGGGAAUUUAAGGAGAUACAAGACACAAGAAUCAGGGUUCAUGGUUACUUUGUGUUUGGUCAUUGUUUUAUAUGCUUUUCAAUUUCAAUUGCAGAAAAUAUUUACUGGGCAAAACCUGGCAAUAGUGCGACAGAUGCUUAUGCUGUUGAAACAACGGCUUACGCUCUUUUGGCAAUGUUGAAGUUUAAUGACAUGGCGAAGGCUGCUCAUAUUGUACGAUGGCUUACGUCUCAACAAAAUGCACAAGGCGUUUUUAAAAGCACACAGGACACUGUGGUUGGUCUGCAAGCACUUUCCCAGUACAGCAUCAGGACGUUCUCGCCGUCUGUAGACCUGAAAGUGUCGUUUACCGCAAAUGAUUGGCACGGACAACAAUUACCUUUAAAAAAUGAAAAGUUUAAACUACAAAAAAUUGCUGACAAGUUGCCAGUUGAAAAGGGUGACAGUAAAUUGAACGUGUUGGUGACUGGUACAUCUGGAAGUGGAAGAAUGAGGAUUGAACUACGUUAUAACCGACCUGCUAAGAGCAACGAAACUUGCCCGUUUGAUAUAUCAAGCAUUGAUGUGGGCGACGUAUACAAGCCCGUGAGUGAUCGAAACAUAUCCAUACUCGGGAAAUGUGACGUGUGCGGCAAAUGUUAUGCUAAUCCUAUAGUACCGAACUAUAAUUCGCUCACAACAAAGGCUCCUGUUAAUGUAAAUAUACCGAAUUUUGGGAGGAAAAAAAGGCAAGCUCAAGCCAAUCUUGAAGAUAACAUGAAGUGUAUUCGAUUUAGUGUAAGUGCACUUCCGGGCAACCACCAUGGGAUGUCUAUGAUAUACUUCAACUUGGAAACUGACGUCACAGUUCUAAAAGAAGAUAUGGAAAAGAUCAUCAGAGACAACGACAAUAUGGAUGACUUUGAGAUGCCAACUAAUGGUAACGGAUUGGUUGUGUUUUAUCUUAACACGCUGACGUCAAAGAGAAACGACUUUGUGUUCCGACUCGUGGAUAAUUUUGAAGGUGACAAAAUGUCACGUCAACCUGUCUCGGUAGAUGUGUUCGAUUACUAUGAUCCAGAUAAAUAUUGUCGCAAGAUAUAUGGAACAGGUCCUAGCAAAGGUGCAGCUGUGGACUACAAAUGUGACUCUAAAAACAAACAAUGUCAAUGUCUGAAAAGUUCUUGUGCAGUCUCAGUUGAUCAAGAGAUAUUGAACUUGCUUAAGAACCGACGAAAGCCAGCUAUCAAGUUGUUACAAUACACAUGUAACGUGGAUAAAGCAAACUAUGCCGAUAUAAUCAAAGUUACAGAUAUAUGGAACGAUCCUGAUUCUAAAAAUAAAAGGGCAUUAACUGAAGUCACUACUAGUAUACACCCAGGUGCCAACAAACAUGCAAAAGGCGACGAAUUGACGUUGUUUUGGAAAUCAAAUUGUCAUUUUCCAGAGCUGGAGAGAGGUAAACAAUACCUCAUCAUCGGAAAAGACGGCUUUAGAGGAAAAGAUACAGAUGAAAACGACGAGUAUGUGUACCCCGCUAUGGGUUCCACUCUUUUGAUCGAAAUGAAAGGAAAAUUGAGAAAUGUCGUAAAUGCUUAUAAAAAAUUUAUCGGAAGGCAAGGGUGUUUGAAUAAAUAAAGCGGAAUAAAUCGACUUUUUGAUGAACUGCCUGAAGUGUCAUAUCUUGUUUCCGUCUUCAAUAUGUCCACCAAGAGAUGGGAGGUGAUAUUGUGAGGUUAUAUGCGUUUAAAAGUGAUUGUGAAAACUUCUAUAUCUACUACACGCUAAAAUCUGAUGUGAAAUUAUACAAAUAAAUUAUUUUAACAAUUGGUUUGUUUUGAAUUAGAAUAAAGUUAUGCAUGUGUUUCACUCUUGAGAUAACUCGAACAAAAACAAAACAAGUAUAUUGAAGUUCCUAGAAAACGGCACUGUAAAAUCCAAUUGAUAAGCAUCAUUCGUAAGUGUAACGUAAUUAUCUGCAUUCAAACUUUUGUUACAUUCUGAUUUAGUGCUCUCUGAUUGAACAGUAUUGUAGAUAUGACCAUGUACCUUGCAAACAUAUUCUCAAAUAAAUAGUAUUGAGAAA